GCUUAGCGCGGGGAAGGACCGGAACUCCCGCGGGCGGCUUGUUGAUAAUAUGGCGGCUGGAGCUGCCUGGGCAUCCCGAGGAGGCGGUGGGGCCAACUCCCGGAAGAAGGGUCUCUUUUCGCGCUAGUGCGGCGGCCCCCCUGGACCCGGAAGUCCGGGCUGGUUGCUGAAUGAGGGGAGCCGGGCCCUCCCCGCGCCAGUCCCCCCGCACCCUCCGCCCCGACCCGGGCCCCGCCAUGUCCUUCUUCCGGCGGAAAGUGAAAGGCAAAGAGCAAGAGAAGACCUCAGAUGUCAAGUCCAUUAAAGGGACAGCCCCAUGGACCUCCCAGGCCUACAGCGCCCUGACAUCAGUUGUGACAUCAUGCAAGGACUUCAAAGUGCGCAUCAGAUCUACCACUGCCCUUGCCAUCCCGGGCAAGAGAGAGCAGUAUGGGUCUGUUGACCAGUAUGCUCGGAUUGGAUCUGGAACACAUUGGUCACCGCCUUACAGAAGAGCGAAGACACCACAGCCUUUUUGGAAUUCAAGUACUGUGCCAGCCUACAGACCCAAAUCUGCCAGGCACUCAUUUAUUUCCUGAGCUUGGCCAGUGCCUCAGACUUGCUUUGUAUCAGAGAAACCCUUGAACUGAAUGAGAAUAUGCUCCAGUCCUAUAUCCUACAGUUUCUAAAAUAAGGAGCAGAGGGAGAUGACACUGGAGCACCCCACAGCCCCCAGGAAAGAGACCAAAUGGUCAGAAUGGCCCUGAAGCGCAUGGGCAGUGUCCAGGCACUGACUGGAGACACAGCCAGAAGGGCCAUCAUGGGCUUUGUAGAAGAGAUCCUGGCCGUUUGUUUUGACUCAUCUGGAUCACAAGGGGCACUCCCAGGGUUAACAAGUCAGUGAAGAUCCCACCAUACUUUCUAGGUGCCUGAGCUUGAGCAUAAGAUAGUGGGAUUUCAUCUUAGGGGCAGAAACAAUCCAUUCACUAUUUAUUUAGAUGACUUAGCAGCAAUUUAAAUUUUCGCAGAAGGCUCAGCCACCUUGGGAGUGGCUCCACAGCACUGACCAUGGUCAGACUUGUUGGAACCUCUGACCUGUGCAUCCAGGAGCCGAGGAGUCAGGUUGUAUUAUGGGCCAAGCAGACAGGAGGGCUUUGAGGGUGUUUAGUCUCAGGGAAAAAAAAAAAAAAAAGGCAGGAGGAUUUAGGAGUUGGAAUGUUGUAUAUUGUGUCUGCAGUUUUGUAAUAAACUAAUGAAAAACUGUGUCCACAAUCUCCUGUUGUUACCAAGCUGUAUUUUGGAAAGCUGCAAGCAGAGCUGCGGUGCAGCUGGUUUGUACUGGCACAGCUGUACAGGGUGCUGGGACACUGACAGUUCCUCACGGUUGAUAAGGAACUGCUGCUCUGAGCUUCUGGAGUGGCCGUGCUCCCCCCGCCCCACCGCCUUCCCUGCCACACCUCCCCACGAUCCAGUAACUAGAGUUAAUUCCCAGCAAGUGACCACAACAUCAACUUCUACCCAAAUUUCCUGAUACCCUUUCGGAAAAGGUGAUCCCACACACUAAAUUUAUGCCACCUUUUAAUCUGUGCCUUUAAGAAAAGGUCAUUUGGUUAAUUUAGUUGGUUACAAAGAGGGGUUUCAAAUUAUAUUUUGAUAAUGCCCCAAAUGUCAUGAAAGUAACUUGUACUGAAUACAUAUAUUUAAAAGUCACAUUUCUCUCUUGAGCACCUACAAUUUGUUGGAAUUGAUUUCAAUUAGGAAUUUAGGGAUAUAUAAGAAGCAAUUAGUUUUCCAUACAUAUCUUCGAUGUGAGGCAAUUAAGAAGAUACAAAAAAUGGGUUUUGGUGAUACUUAAUCACAUUUAGCUUAAAAUACAUGCUUAAGGGCAUGUGUCUUCCAUUUUUCUCCUUUGCCUUUUAGCUGCUCUUUUCCUGCCUCUGAUAUGUUGUUGGCUGCUGAGAAACUGCUCUCUGGGCAGUGGUGGGGAAACAGUAUUCAAGUUCACUAAAGGCUCAGUUUUCCAUUGAUGGAAUACCAGUUUCCACAGGAUUAAGGCUGUAAGCACAGCAAAAACACCCAUAUUGAAUGUUCCUUCUAAGUAAUCCAGGGGUCAAAGAAGGUAGUCUGAAGGGAAAUGAAAAAGUUAGAAAAUGCUUUAAACUGAAGAAAAAAAAUAAAUGUGUAGAUGCAACUAAAGAAGAGCUUAGAUGGAAAUGUAUAGCAUUUGAUGCUUAUUUUAGAAAAGAAGGAAGUCUCCAAUCAACAAUCUAAACCUCAGCUUUAAUCAACUAAAGAAAA